AUGAGGGUGGGUCAGCUCAGUCACUGCUUGAAAAAUCAGAAAGCGUUAGGAGAGUCCAUGGCUAGCUGUAUUAAAUAUUUCGACAGUUCUGUUCUUCAAGGUAAGGUUCAGGAAGGUGUGGAAGUUUGUCUGUUCAAGGUACGAUACAAAAGCCUGCUAAAACCUCCGCGCUCCGAACAAGAAAUAAUUUUUGACUACUAUAGUUGUAUGCUAGAGGGUGAAUUAUCCCAAUUAAAUGGACACAAAGAAUGCUACCAAUUCUAUCAAUUCGGUUUUCUUCAAAAAUUGCUGAGUGUGUUCCUGGGAGUUGAGGGUCUCAUUCGAAUUCUCAUACUCACCUUUGCCCUAGCCGCUGCAAUCCAUAAAAUGACUUUCAGAUCAAGCGAUAGUUUUCUUGACUUUCAUAGCGGAGAUACUUUGAGGAAGCUUCGCGUUGCAAGCCAAAAGAUUUGUAGGCUGGGAAGAGAGCAAGCGAACGAGCUGGUGGACUUCUUUAGUGAAAUAUCUCGCUUCAUUCGAAGGAAGUCAGAAGUCCAGCAGAGAUAUUCACCGGUAACCCCAAAAGACGAUAGAGUCCUGGCAAAUCAUGAAGUGCCAGAAGAUAGAAAGAAAGCAUCAAAACUUGGGGCAUCUUUGAGUAGCAAUGAGGCGGAGCAAAUGCCCUGCGAAGAAUAUAAUUGCCACAAUUUUGUUGAUGAGUACAAGCCUGUUAAUCUCCAAUCCAAAGGAACCGAUUUAGUAUUUGAUCUGACAACAAAGGAAGGAAGAAAGGAAUGGAAGGCCUACAUCAACAGAGGGAAGAAAAGGCAACAGUCAAGCAACGAAAGUACAGUUUCAAGUUGUAAUGGAAUAAUUUAUAAGGGCCUUAGCGGCUGCACGAAAACAGAAAGAGCCAUAGAACUGAACCCUGUGUUGCAAAACGUUCCUCUUUACGAUAGACACGGUAAGCCGUUGCGUAGGGUUUACAUUCCAGGUACGGGGUGGAUAUCAAGACGCAAAUACCUCGAGCAGCAUGAGUAA